CGCGGCCGCGGCCGCAGGACGGACACGGGUUCGGCGCGGCUCCGGAUCCCAUCCCCCCCCGCCCCGCCACAACCGCGCACCGUCCAGCCGGGGGGGCGCGGCGUGACGUCAGCACGGUGACGUAACAGCAGGCUCCCGCUUCCCCGGUUUGGGGGGGGGGCGGCGGCGGCGAAACCCCCCCAAACCCCCUCCCCCCACCCCCGCUGAGACCCCGCCCCAACAUGGCGGCGGCGACGGGGGGUGGGGCCUCGCCGGGGGGCGGGGCCGGCUUCGGGGGCGGUGCCGCGCUGGAGGAGGAGUGCGAGGUUGUGCGCGUGCGCGUCAAGAAGAACGAGGGCCAGCAGCCGCCCGAGUUCCGUUCGUUCGCCGUGGACCCGCAGAUCACGUCGCUGGACGUGCUGCAGCACAUCCUGGCCCGGGCCUUUGACCUGCAGGGGAAGAAAAGCUUCGUCCUGAGCUUUGCGGCGCGGGACGGGCAGGGCCAGGACACCUUUGUGCCUCUGCUGAGCGAUGGUGACCUGGCCAACGCCUUCACCUGCGCCCGGCCCACCUUGAGGCUGCGCCUGGAUGUCAGGAACCCCCCUGACAGCCCGCUGCUGGAGGACUGGGACAUCAUCAGCCCACGGGAGGUGGCGGCGGCCGAGCCGGUCCCCGAGCGCCGCUCGCUGCUGGCGGCCGCCCUGCCCUUCACCCAGGCCCUGCUGGCACAGGUGGGCCGGACGCUGGCGCGGGCGCAGGCGGCUCUGGCGUGGCCUGAAGGGACCCCGGCGGUGUCCCCACCCCCUCCCCCUCCCCCACCCUGCGCUCCCCUGAGCGACGCUGACCUGAGGACGUACCUGGGCCCAGGUGGGCGCCUGCUGCGGCCCCAGGACCUGCGGCUGCACGUGUUCCAUGGUGGAGUCGAGCCCGGCCUGCGCAAGGUAGUCUGGCGUUACCUCCUCAACGUUUUCCCCGCCGGCCUCACGGGCCAGGAGCGCCUUUCCCACCUGCGCCUCAAAGCGGCCGAGUACUCCUCCCUCAAGGUGGCUCUGGCCGCCCGCGCCGCGCCGGCCGAGCUGGCCCAGGUGGCCGCGUCCGUCCGCAAAGACGUGGUUCGCACCGACCGCGCCCACCCGUAUUUCGGCGGCCCCGAGGAAGGUCACCCUCACCUGGCCGCUCUCCAGUCCCUCCUGACCACCUUCGCCUUGGGCCACCCUCGUUUGUCCUACUGCCAGGGCAUGUCGGACGUGGCCGCUCCUCUCUUGGCCGUGUUGGACGACGAAGCUCAAGCUUUUCUCUGUUUCUGCUCUUUGAUGCGUCGCCUCGCCCCUCGAUUCCGCCCAGGUGGCCGCGGGCUAGCUCGGGCCUUCGCUCACCUGCGGCGUCUCCUCCGCCGCGCCGAUCCGGCGUUUUGGGCGUUCCUGGCGGCUCGGGGCGCUCACGAUUUGUUGUUUUGUUACCGGUGGUUGUUGUUGGAGCUCAAGCGCGAGUUCGCCUUCGAGGACGCUCUCAAGGUGUUGGAGAUCACCUGGAGUUCGUUACCGCCUGCGCCGCCCCCGCCCCCCGAAGGGGUCCCGCUGCUCGGGGCGCCCCUGGGCGCUCGUAGGGCGGGGAGGGGGCUGAGGGAACGGCGGGGGUUGAGGCCGAAACCGCCGAGGAGGAGGAGGAGGAGGAGGAAGGAGGAGGAGGAGGAAGAUGGUGCUGAAGGUUCUGGCGGUGGCCUCAAAGCUUCCGGUGAUAUCCCAGGUGGUCCUGAGAGCUCCGGUGGUAGCCCAGGGCAUCUCAAGGCUUCCAGUGACGGAGCUGAAGGUUCCAGAAGCUCUGGAGAUGUCCCCAGGAAUCCCAAGGACGUCCAGGAGGAUCCCAAAAGCUCCGGAGAUGUCCCCAAGAAUCCCAAGGACGUCCAGGAGGAUCCCAAAAGCUCCGGAGAUGUCCCCAGGAAUCCCAAGGAUGUCCAGGAGGAUCCCAAAAGCUCCGGAGAUGUCCCCAAGAAUCCCAAGGACGUCCAGGAGGAUCCCAAAAGCUCCGGAGAUGUCCCCAAGAAUCCCAAGGACGUCCAGGAGGAUCCCAAAAGCUCCGGAGAUGUCCCCAGGAAUCCCAAGGACGUCCAGGAGGAUCCCAAAAGCUCCGGAGAUGUCCCCAAGAGCCUCAACGACAUUCAGGGGUGUCCCAAAAGCUCUGCAGAUGUCCCCAACGGUCCCAAGAGCUCCAGUGAUGUUCUAGAAGGUCCCAAGAACUCCAGAGUUGUCACCAAGAGUCCCAAGGACAUCCAGGAGGGUCCCAAGAGCUUUAAGAACAUUCAGGAAGGUUCUGAGAGUUCCAGGGAUGUCCCCGAAGGUCCCGAGAGCUCCAGGAAGGUUUGGGGGAGACCCCCCAGGGAUGCUGGAGAAGUCCCCGAGGGCUCCAAGGACUCGGGGUCAGGUGGCCCCAGGAAGGUGGAGGAAGGCACCGACGCCCUGGAGAUGGACCAGAGACCCCAGAGCCUCUGCUGGGGGCACGGGGGGGACCCCAAAGAGGGACGAGGUGACCCCAAAAAAGGACAGGAUGACCCCAGAGAGGGACGUGAGCCGAGAGAAGGAAAAGAUGACCCCGAAAAAGGACGAGAUGACCCCAAAGAAGGAGACGACCCCAAAGAGGGACUCGAUGACCCAAGAGAAGCACGAGAUGACCCCGGAGAGGUCCACGAUGACCUUGGAGAAGGCCACAAUGACCCCAGGGAUGACCACCGUGACCCCAGACGUGACCACCGCGACCUCGAGCAAGAACGUGACCCCGGAUGCGGCUACCGUGACCUUAAGCGUGGCCACCGCGACCCGAGUCGCGACCACCACGCCUACACCAACCCAAGCGCCCCCGACGACCCUUGGGGCGGCCGUUGGGCUUGGGAAGACCCUUCCACCUCCUCUUCCUCGUCGUGCUCCUCGUGCUCCUCGGGCUCCUCCUCGGACGAGGAGGUGACGGUAGAAGACGACGGCGCGCCGUUGCCGCCUCCGGAAGAGCUCGGCCAGGGCAACCCGUUCCUGCUGUUCGUGUGCCUGGCCAUGCUGCUGGAGCAGCGCGACGCCGUCAUGGCGCGGGCCGGCGACUACAACGAGGUGGCCAUGCACUUCGACCGCCUGGUGCGCCGGCACCACCUGGGCCGGGUCCUGCGCCGCGCCAAGGGGCUCUUCGCGAGGUACCUGGAGGGGUGGGGGGCACCCCAGAUGGGACCCGCUUCGGGUACAAACCAGUAUGAACGACUGGGAGCUCCGUGGAUCUGCGUUGCGUUGGGCCUGACCGGUACAAACCAGUAUGAACCAGUAUGGAGCUGGGAGCCCAACUGGGAGCCCCACAUGCGUCGCCUUGUGCCGGACCAGUAUGGACCAUAUGGACCAGUACAGACCAGUAUGGACCGGUAG